CUGUGUGAAAUUAGCGAAUACUGCAGCAAGAAGUGAGAGUGUGAGAGUGUGUCACGAUCAAGAGGAGCGAACAAGAAGGAUUAAUAUUUAAAAAAAAACACGUCUCAUCUGGCUGACGACAGAGAUGGCAGCCAUCCGGAAGAAGCUGGUGAUUGUCGGAGAUGGAGCUUGUGGGAAAACAUGUCUUCUCAUUGUGUUCAGUAAAGAUCAGUUUCCUGAAGUCUACGUCCCGACAGUGUUUGAGAACUACAUUGCUGAUAUUGAGGUCGACGGUAAACAGGUGGAGUUAGCACUGUGGGAUACUGCAGGACAAGAAGACUAUGACAGGUUGAGGCCUCUCUCCUACCCUGACACAGACGUCAUCCUCAUGUGUUUCUCCAUUGACAGCCCCGACAGUUUAGAAAACAUCCCUGAGAAGUGGACGCCUGAGGUGAAACACUUUUGUCCCAACGUCCCCAUCAUCCUGGUGGGGAACAAGAAGGACCUGAAGAACGACGAGCACACGCGGAGAGAGCUGGCUAAGAUGAAGCAGGAGCCGGUGAAGUCAGAAGAAGGCAGAGACAUGGCCAGCAGGAUCUGUGCUUUCGGCUACCUGGAGUGCUCCGCGAAAACAAAAGAUGGCGUUCGGGAAGUGUUUGAGAUGGCCACUAGAGCGGCGCUGGAGGCCCCCAAGAAGAAGAAAAGAGGCUUAUGUACGCUCCUGUGAGCGGCCCUGAAACCAACAAACCAACUGACCAAGAGGAGAAAAACAAACAAAAAAAAGACUGACCUUCUACCAAACUGCAUCUUUGUACUGUAUCUCGCAUUUCACAAUAACGGUCAGGUGGAUGAAUGGAACGCAAACAAAUGGAUUUUAUCUAUAUAACAAACAUUAGGAAGUGAUAUUAAAGUUACUGAUUUUCCUUUUCUUUCAAAUCUGUCUUUACUCAUAGAUUGUUUUCCUACUUGAUUUUCUUUAUAUUUGUAAUGUACUGAAGAGUUACACAUGCACAUAUUUGUAUGUAACAUUGUUGUUCACAAGCAGCAUUUUACUCAGCUUGUAUAAAGUACUCAUGAAUGUCCAA